AACUUUAGAUCUGCUGGGGAUCAAGCAUAUAAUAACAGGCCCCUUCCCAGCCAUUCCAAACUCCUUUUAGACCCUCAGCCUUACACGAGCAUCUUCUUGCUUGAUGCUGUCUGUCAAAGCUCGAACUAUCGGAUGAGCAGAACUUACUCAUAGGUACCGAAUCACUCACUCGAGUGCAUACAAGACAGCAUGAAACACGUCGAAGUUGACGACCAGCUGGUCAGUGCUGCCACUCCAGCACCAAUACCCGAAGAGGAUCUCAAGAAAAGCGAAAGAGAUCUUGAAGAGGGAUCAACAUCAGUCGAAUUCGAUGAUCCUCCUUCCGAUGACCCCAAUAUCGUUAAUUGGGACGGCCCUGACGACCCAGCCAACCCUCAGAACUGGUCAAUGAAGAAGAAGACAAUCAAUGUCAUCCUCGUCUCAUCUGUUACAUUCGUCACGCCACUUGCGUCUUCCAUCUUUGCACCAAGUAUCGAUCAAGUCAUGAGGGAGUUCCACUCGACAAACGAGCAACUGGCAUCGUUCAUCGUCUCAGUAUACCUUCUUGGUUACUGCUUUGGUCCCCUAGUCAUCGCACCUUUAUCCGAAAUGUACGGCCGACUCCCGCUGUACCACAUCUGCAAUGUUCUCUUCGUCGCCUUCACUGUGGCCUGCGCCAAAGCCCCUAACCUGGGGGGACUUAUUGCAUUCCGACUCCUUGCUGGACUUGCUGGAUCAUGCCCGCUAACAAUCGGAGCUGGCUCGUUAGCUGAUAUGAUCUCCAAGGAGAAGCGUGGAGCUGCCAUGUCUUCGUGGGCUCUCGGACCUCUUUUUGGACCAGUAAUUGGACCGAUUGCUGGUGGAUAUCUUUCGGCAGCGAAGGGCUGGCGAUGGUCUUUCUGGGUUGUUGCUAUUGUUGCUGGUGCGAUCACGAUUGUUGCUUUCAUUUUCAUGAGAGAGACAUAUGCGUACGCUCUUCUUGAGAAGAAGGCCAAGAAGCUGCGCAAAGAAACAGGGAACACUAAGCUUCGUUCAAUCCUUGACAAUGGCACUACCACGAAGGAAGUCUUCCGUCUGGCUAUUACGAGACCUACCAAGAUGCUUCUCUUCGCGCCCAUCGUGUCGCUUCUAUCAUUUUAUAUGGCUCUGGUGUACGGGUAUCUCUACCUUCUCUUCACAGCCAUGCCAACACUCUUUGAGGGAGAAUAUCAUUUCUCCAGUGGAUCAGUUGGUCUGUCAUAUAUUGGUCUCGGAGUUGGCUCCUUGACAGGGCUUGUCAUUUCUGGAGCAUCAAUAGACCGCUUCGCUCAAUAUCUUACUAGCAAGAAUGGUGGAGAGCCCAAGCCAGAGUAUCGACUUCCGUUCAUGGGGGGGGCUUGCUUUAUCGUUCCGGCUGGAUUAUUUAUGUUUGGAUGGUCUGCUGAGCAUAAAGACCAUUGGAUUGUGCCCAUCAUCGGUACUUCAUUCUUGGGAUGUGGCAUGAUCAUCGUAUUUGUAAGUGCUCUACCUCUAUAUGCUGCAACCCGAUUCCAGCUCACUGACUCUUGAUCAGAUGUGCAUCUCAGUCUACCUGGUCGAUGCAUACGUUCAGUAUGCUGCAUCUGCCAUUGCUGCAAGCACUGUACUUCGUUCGCUGGUUGGAGCAUUAUUGCCUCUUGCAGGACGAAGUAUGUACAAGAGCCUAGGUUAUGGAUGGGGAACCUCAUUGCUAGGCUUCAUUGCAGCUGCAGCAAUCCCAUUGCCGUUUAUCUUUUACAAGUACGGCGAAAGGAUUCGAAGAAAGAACUUGUUUGACGUCAAGUUCUAGAUGGAUAGACAAUAUGCGUAUUUAUGUUAUGAUUGUAAGCUCUUGGGGGAACGUAUUGAUAAACGAGAAAAAGUCGGCAUUAGGAUCUGAGGCGGGCAAUUAGGAUCAUCUCCAUUCUGUAUAGAUAGAGUAGGAAGCACACUUGCGAGCACCAGCAAUAGGUGAUGGUUAAUAAGAACAAGGGUAGCAACUCCAGAUGUAUUCAUCAGCCUUGUGAUACAGAGAGUUUUGCCAGAUUCUGACAUGUUCAUGUCUUUAGAGCCCGUUGCAGAUCUCAAGCUCCGAACCUUGCCGGAAUCAGCUGAGCAGACUUGGUCUUUACUGUUGAUCCUUGUUCUUUAACUGGUGAAGUCACCGUAUCCAUCGUGCCAUGAAACUUUGUCCGGUUGAGAUUGAGUGAAAGAUUGAAUGGAACUCUUGGAUUAAACAAAAUGCGAUGGAACCUUGGACAAAUCUGAAACUGUUUCGUCCUGAAAAAUGUCAUACUUAUCAAUAUCAAGUCCAAUUAAUUCAUGACAUCUGAUCCAUGCCGUUGGGUUCAGUGUCUUGUAAGCUUUGGC